GGGAGAGAAAUUGCGCGUGUAUAGUGUGAAUUAACGUGUCACUUGGCGUCACCUUGCGUUGUACAUUGCGUCGCGUUGUGUCGCGUCGCGUCGCGUAGGAUCGCCUAGCCUCGUGUCGGAAUUGGCCAUUACGUUUGGCAUUAAAACCAAUGUUAGCUUUCCAACGUUCAUCUCUUUAACGUUUCGACUCAAACGAAAGAGAACAGAUACAGAAACGAUCAUCCUUCUGUCGUCCUUAUAUCGUCAUACCGUUCGUCAUUUCCCUAAAACAACGAGCGCUAGCUACUGGAAGACCAGAAUAAGAGAAUCUCGUCGGGAUUUAGGUGAGAAGACAUCGAGAGAAAAUUCUCUCGGUGGAAAUCGUCGAAUUCGCUUAAGCGAUAAAGACGGCGAUCAGAUACCACCGAGUAUUCACCAAUGAGCGUGGCGUGCAGCCUUUACGGCAGAAGACAAAACCGUGGUACACGUACGGGAAAGCGACAGUGCAUCAUCGUAGCUGCCUACAGGACCCCCCAAAGAAAGUCCUUCGUCGUAAUUUCCGCACCACCAAAACUGACGAGGACACUUUGCGAUUUGAACAAGUCUCGUUUGACCACGAACGAUCAUCAUGGGACUCGAUUUCUUGGCAGACGGAGGUGCCGACUUCGAGCAUGCAAUCACCGUAACAGGAUUUGGAAAGUUUCACUACAUGUUACUGGCAAUAUGCGGGCUAAUUUACAUGGAUACGGCCAUCGGCGUUACAAUACUCUCUUUCGUUUUACCUGCCGCACAGUGCGACCUGGAAAUGGAUUCCACUGCAAAAGGAUGGCUAACGGCAUCUCCAAUGUUGGGUAUGGUGGUUGGAUCAUAUAUAUGGGGAUGCCUGGCUGAUACCAAAGGUAGAAAAGUAGUAUUGAUAGCUACCUUGUUAAUGGACGGAAUAGUCGGAGUCAUUUCGUCGUUCGUCCAAUACUAUUGGGUCUUUCUAGUCUUCCGGUUUUUUAAUGGAUUCGCGGUGACCGGCGCGAUGGGAAUUUGUUUCCCAUAUUUAGGCGAAUUUCAGCCGACCAAAUAUCGCGAAAGGUGCCUAUGUUGGAUGGAAAUGUUCUGGACGGUCGGUGUAAUAUUAUUACCUCUAAUUGCUUGGUUAAUCGUACCGUUGGAUCUUUGGUACGAAUCGGAAGUGUUUCACUUCAAAUCUUGGAAUCUCUUUGUGGCACUUUGUGCCUUACCUUCGAUCGUCCUGGGACUUUGGCUCUUCGCUUUUCCAGAGAGUCCAAAGUUCUUGCUUGAGUGCGGUGAAGCCGACGCUGCCUUAGAAGUCUUUAAGUGGAUCUAUGCUCAAAAUACUGGUCAAGAUCCUGAAACAUAUCCAGUUAAAUGCUUGCAAGAAAAGACGAAUAAUAAGGACAAGAGUACGAGGUCAUUGAAACUUCAUAAGAAAAAAGAUCUGAAAGUUCUUUUUUCGGAGGUUUGGGAAUUAACGAUGUCUCUUUACAAACCUCCUUAUCUUCGUAAUACGUUACUUGCUUGUGCCAUUCAAUUCGGGCUUACUAGCAGUUACUACACUCUUAUGGUCUGGUUCCCUGAAUUAUUUACUAGAUUCGAAGAAUUCGAGGAUGAUAAUCCCGGUAAGACCACGUCCGUUUGUAUAGUGUCAGCGCUCUCAGACAAUGCAACCAAUUUGGAUCCUUAUGGAUGCGAAACAACCAUCGGUGUGAACGUUUAUCUGCAUACCGUUUAUAUUGGUCUCGCCUGCAUACCCGGUUCCAUCAUAUUACCGAUUUUUGUACACAAAUUGGGAGCGAAAUUUUUCCUAAUCUUAUCGCUGCUAGUCUCCGGUGCAGUAACCGUAGGUUUUUAUUUCGUCGUAAACUCCACUCAGAAUCUAGUACUAUCGUGCAUCUUUGAAGCUUUAACGUCGCUCGGCAUCUCUUUAGUUUAUUGCAUAAUCGUUGACAUGUUCCCGACGAAUCUCAGGGUAAUGGCAGCAGCCUUAUCUCUAACGAUGGGUCGAUUAGGCGCUUUGGUUGGAAACUUAAUAUUCGGUUAUUUAAUUGAUUUAGCUUGUGUCGUUCCUAUAGUGAUAUUCGCUGCAUUCUUGUUUCUAUGCGGCUUGUUGUCAUUUAUACUUCCACGAACGGGAAAAGAAACUCUCGAUUAAACAAACGAGAGAACUUAAUUGUACGAAGAAACGUGACCUCGUGUCAUUUUAAGGAAGUAAACACCCACACAGAAUUGGAUUGUUCAAAAUGAAGGAAGAAAAAGUAUUUAUAUUCGCAUUAUUGUAACGAUAUUGAAGCGUGUAUAUAUAUAUAUAUACAUAUAUACGCAAGGCACUUGGAAUUAUACACGGAACUUAAUAUGUAUACACACACACACACACACACGUGUAGCGAUGAGAAAUGUCCAUUGACGAUUGUAAUUCCGUUCUUAUGUUUCGUAUUACAAUAAGUCACGUAUUCAUUUCACUUCGCUCGAUUCUUCCUGAUAUGCAUUAAAAAAACGAUAUCAGUAACAGGAUAAUGAUAUUCAGAUAUGACAUUUGUCUUCUGUAC